UGCUGCCGCUGCUGCUGCUGGCGCUGCUGCGCGCGCAUGGCUUGCUCGCCGCCUCCGGAGAAGCCGAUUACACACUGGAUGAUUCAUUUUGGAAUGAAGAGAGCCCAGUUGGCGAGGUGGAGCGGCUGCUACGCGAGUACCGUCAGAAUCAGGAGUUAGUUCGCAACAUCGGUGCACACUACUACCAGAUCAUUUACCCCGUGCAGCUGCGACACCACGAGAAGAUGGGCAUCUCCACACGGGAGGUCAACACGCAGAAGGGCCGUGGGUACGGAUCGGACUAUCAACAGGGUACGCGGUCGCGCGCAAGGACCGGCAAACACUUCCACCGCACAUCGCUCCUCAUCAAAGCUUUCAAUCAUAAGUUUAGACUGGACUUAGAGCUUAAUACGCAACUGCUUGCACCGAAUCUGAAACAAACCCAAUACUUAGCUAACGGGGCCGAAAGCGAAGUAAGAACGGAAAUUGAGCACUGCUAUUACCACGGCACGGUGAAGGACUACCCGGGUGCGUCUGCAGCCUUCCACACGUGCAACGGCGUCUCCGGAGUCAUUCACAUCGGGAACGAGACGUUCGUCAUUCAUCCGUUCUACGGCGGGGAUCUAUCGAAACACCCACAUGUGAUAUUCGAGGCGCGUACGAAGGCGAACAAGGGGUGCGCCAACAAGCUCGAAUUCAGACCGAAGAGUCGACGCACCAAGCAUGUGUCGUUCGUCGAAGAACCCCUCGGUGACGACCCUAGAAACUCCAGGGGUCCACGUAAGUCUCGGGAAGACCGUUCGUGGCGCUGGUGGCAGGAGGCCGGUCUCCCGUCUCUGAGCAGGCGGCGACGGGACGUGCGCGAGACCACAAAGUACAUCGAGACCGCGCUCGUCAUAGACAAAGCCAUGUUCGACAGGAGAAACGGCAGCACACGUUCUGAAGUCGUCCAUGAUGCUAUACAAGUCGCCAAUAUUGCUGACUUGUACUUCCGCACACUGAACACACGUGUCUCACUGGUAUACAUCGAGUCAUGGCAGAGCGCGGACCAGGCAGACAUCGAGCGUAAGCAAGAUAUUACACGCGCCAUACAGAAGUUCAGUGAUUACACCGCCAGGAAACUGUUCAAGAUCGAAAAGGAUACUACGCAAUUGCUCACAGGGUUGACAUUUCCCGGCGGCGAGUCAGGCAUCUCUGUGCCGGACACAAUGUGCACGCCGAAGUCAGUGGGCAUCUCAGUGGACACCAACACGUACGAGCCGCACCUCCUCGCCGGCACCAUGGCACAUAUGAUCGGACACAAUAUCGGCAUGGGCCACGAUGAUGGUCGCGAGCAAUGCUUCUGCCGCGACUGGCACGGCUGCAUCAUGGCGCAGUCCAUCGUCGGCCUCGAGAACGUACAGCCGUACAAGUUCUCUGAUUGCUCAAAGAACGACUACAUCAAUGAACUGCGAAUUGGACAAGGACUAUGUUUGCUCAACAAACCCAACGAGCUGGUGGUACAUCGUCAGUGUGGCAACGGACGGUUGGAUGAAGGCGAAGAAUGCGAUUGUGGUACCAUUUCGGAAUGCCACAACCUCAACCCCUGUUGUGACCCCUUCACCUGCCGUCUCACCAAGGAGGCGCAGUGUGCGUCCGGCGAAUGCUGCGAGAGGUGUCAGUUAAAACAACGGGGCAUCGUCUGUCGAGAAUCCUCAAACGAAUGUGACUUGGAAGAGACCUGCACAGGGCUCUCAGGAGCUUGUCCUGUCGACGCUCACAGGAAGAAUGGAGAACCUUGCGAAGCCGGCAAGGGGUACUGCUUUGCGGGACAAUGUCCUACGCUGUCGUUGCAGUGUGAACGGAUCUGGGGUCCUGGCACCAUCGGCGCGGACAAGGAAUGCUUCGAACAAUCCAACACUAAAGGAGCGGUGACUGGCCACUGCGGAAAGGAUAGCAAUGGACAUUACAUCAAAUGUGACAUGGAGAACGUGAGAUGUGGGUCGCUGCAGUGCCAGCUCGGCAACCGGUACCCCGUGGUGCCCGGCAUGGACGACUACUACACCAGAACUGUCAUCACCAUAAAGGGCAAUGAGUAUGAAUGCAAGGCUACAACUGGUCUGCCCGAGCACUCGGAGAUCGGGCCGCUAGGGCUGGUGCGUGACGGUACGCCGUGCGGCGACAACCUCGUCUGCGUCAACCAGACCUGCUCUUCCAUCUUCCCCUACAUCGACCACACCAAAUGCCCCACCGACCAUAACAACCACGAGUGUUCUGCUAGAGGGGUGUGUUCCAACGCCAACAAGUGUGUGUGCAACCGCGGCUGGACAGGACCGGACUGUUCGCAGCCGGACGCGUUGCCGCCCUCGCCGGCGCCCUACGUCCCUGAGAACACCACCAAGACCGCCUACAACAUGACUAAGAAAGAGACGCCAUAUGAGAACUACCACGGCUCGAACACGGUAUUCCUCGUGGCGGUGCUCAUGUCUGUGGUAGGGGGGGUAUUCAUAGUAUUUGCCCUGAGCGCUCUCUGCUACAGGUCAGUCGUAGUACACAAAAACUUCUCCCUGUGCCUAAGGAAAAAGAGCACGUUGCCGAAGUACGAUCCGCCUUACGUCAAGAAACCUAACCUUGGCAAGAGCUUCCCCGCCGGCUCCACCGCGUCCAACAACUCGCAAGAGGACAUCUCCCUCGACGGCGGCAAAAUGCAUUCCUUUAACAACACAUUCAGAAAUCUUUUAAGCCGCGGUGAUUCUCAGCGCGUGAUCUUCAAACAUGGAAACCAUAUGUCGGGAGCAGGCAGUACUAGUAGAUACCCAGAUCACAAACAAAUGAAGCGAGUUCAUUCCGGCAGCGAGGACGAGCCCACGCAUUCAGGUGAAGAAGAUAUAGCAUUCAUAGACGUAGCACCCAACUCAAUGGCCAAGCUUCCGGAAAAAGGAAUCCUCAAGAAGCAUGGCUAUGGAGCUGUGGAUGGCAAGGACAAAUGGGGAGACGACUCCCAGUCGGAGCAGCUGGAGGCAGGCUCGCAGUCCGACGGACAAGAACCUUCGGGCGCUGUCGCUGAUAUGGAGUAUAAAUUUAAAGACUUAAACGGUUACCACGAGAAUAUAAUCGUGGCCCUGAAGUCUGCGGCCGCCCAGCGCGCCAGCGGGCAGGUGGCGGUAGGAUCGGGCGACCUGCGGGCACUGCAGGAGUACGAGUACAAGCGGGAGCGCGCCCCCAGCGCAGAGAAGAUCCACGAGACAGAGUUGCGUCGUCAGCGAGCCGGCGACGAGGAGGAGGACGAGGCACCACAGUGCGGGCCAAUCAGGAUCAGGAACCUGGAGGAUCUGAUCCGGCAGCUGGAACACCACUCCAGCCGGCACAUGAGCCCCUCCGGCUCCGAGGACAUACGGAUGUCGGAAACGGAGGCGGACAGACAUUAUAGGAUCGAGCCGGGGGAGGUGCCCGCGCGUUGCCGAGGUCGCGUCGGUGAGGAGGAGUCGCGGUUCGCGUACCCUCGGUUCCGCGGCAGCGCGCGUCAUCACCCUGGCAUGUACGCUGGCGGGCCGUCGACGGCCGUGAUGCACGGGGCACACGGGUCGCACGUGGGUCACCCGGGGCACGUGGCGCAUGCGGGGCACGCGGGGCACUCGCGCGCGCCCCCUGACGACGAUGCGCUGUACGAGACGGCGGACGCGGAGCGGCUGCGCGACGCCCCAGACAGCGAGAGUGAUGAAUUUAUUCAAGCUCAACAACAGUUAGCCCGGUGGGCGAGUGAAGACGCGGUGCCGGUGGCGGCGCGCGAGUACUACCCCUCGCCGGCGGGCAGCGAGAGCUCCGACGCGCGGCACGGGCCCCACGCGGCCCACCCGGCUCACGCGCCCGCCGCCUUCCCCGAGUACAACCACUGACCCCCCGCGCCCCGCGGCCCCCGCCGGCCACACGUAGCCCGUUAGCACCGCACCUAGAGCGCGACGCAGCGUCGCCUCUCAAUACGUAUUUCGGUGAACUGUAAAUAUAAUGCACAUAUAUAAACAAUAUGACUGAAAAAUAUAAUAUUGAUGAAGCUAGUGUAGCCGCGAGGCGAGCCCGCGCCGCCCGGGCCCGCGCCUUCUUACAAUGUUUAUAUUCGUUCCAUAAAUCGAUACGCUUUACUCUUAUUAUAUGUUCUGCGGGUCCGUGCGGCGCCGGCGCGGCCUGCAUCUCUAAAGUAGCUUUAAGGAAAUCAUCAUUGUACGGACGUAGCGUAAGUGUUGUGCGGUGCGACGCGACCGAGCUCGCGCCCCGCCGCGCCCACCGCUCGGGUGGCUUCCCAUUUAGAUAGGCGAUUAACAAAUUGAGCUAAAUGUAACCCUAAGCGAAGCUUUAAUGUCUCAGUUUGGUGAGCACCGCGACGAGCUCGGCCGCGUCACUGAACUGUGAGAGUCUACAUUUAGUUUAAAGUUUCCGGACGUUCGCGGUAGCGACGGCGGCGCUGUGAGCGGGCGCAGAGGGCGCGCGCGACGCAUCCGUCCCGGAGUCACAGCCCGCGCGCCCCCCGCCCCGUACGUUGCGUCCCGCGCCUCGCUUAGGGUGCUCGCACACUGAGCUCAAUGUGUCACAUGACGUUGUAAUCCAAAAACGUUCUAAACACUUUUGUUGAAUGUCGUUAUAUUUUAAAAUUUGUUAGAUAAUAAAAUUACUCGCAUACAAUAAAGUUUAAUUUUACAACUAUUUAUAUAAUUUGUUGAUUUCUAUAUGUAUACAAGAUAUAUUGUAAUAUGGAUAUUUAACGUUAUGUAAUGUACGCUAUUUAAUAUUUUAAAGCUUCAGUCUAUGAGAGCUCGUUCUCAUUUCAAGGGUAAAAAUGACACCAAUUUAUCGCUCGAGAUCUCACUCAAGGAGAAAACAAUAAAAAUAACAUAAUAGUAAAUCUAGUUUUGAAUUUCUCAAAUUAGCUCUCGCACACCGUGCACUAGACAUUUUUAUAUCUAGCCCAUAAUGUACACAAGUUCUAAAUAGAUUCAGUAUUGUGAAUAAAGUUUAUUUGAAAUUUUACCAAAAUAUACACUAUAUAAAUAAUAAAUAUGAUGUUUACGAUUGUAUUGACUCUGAAACGAAUUUACGUCAGAACAUAGAAAGGUGAAGAGUCGAAGUGUUAUGGUUCAAUUUACGUUUGUUUGUUUGUGAACGAAUUAGGAGGUUAUUGUUUCCAUUCGGAGUUACGCUAGGCUAGGUGGCGCCGCCACGAAUAUUAAUCGUAGGUUAAAGUACAGUUAACGUAUUGAAUAGUGACCGCAUCCGGCAGGGCCCGGCUACGUCCGACUGCGUCCGGCUGUGUCCGGCUGCAUCCGGCUACGUCCGGCAGUCGCGCGUCGGCUCUCAAAUAAAUUAAUCCCAUUAGAUAUUCGUUAUGAUAAUUAAGAAUUGAAUAAUAUUGACGCGUACAGUACAGGGUAGUCGUGAUCAGUACUGUGUGCCGGCGCGGCGCCCCCGCCCCGCCCCGCUCCGCCUCGCCCGCCGCUCGUGGGUUCGCGUCGCUAACGACACAACACUGCCUGUUAAUGAUGUGAUUAGAAAAAGUGUAUCGUUUUUGAAUUAAAUUAAGAGACGUUGUCCUUUACAUUAUAAGUAAUUGUAAUCUAUCUCUACAUCACUUCAUCUCAUACUUAUCCACGAAUAAAAAUGAUCUCAAUUCGUCCUAAUGUUGUGACUUUCCAAACUAAUCAUAUCCAUAGAUGACAUUAGUCGUAACUUCUUUAUUGAACAUGUAUCUUACUGUUUAUAUUAAUCAAGCUUUAUUAUUCUAUAUAAUGACUGGUAUGGGUCUUGGUCAUCAUCAUUAUCAUCAUCAUCACUUGAAAUCCACUAGAUAGGUAGGCAAAAGUAUCUCUGUAGAUUUAUUUCUCACAAGAGAAAACUCAUCUACUUAGUUUAUCAAGCUUGCAUUUAGUAAAGGACAACUCAGUAGUUUGUAGAAGAACCUUCAUUGCGGUCGAACGGCACCAAUCGUUCAAGUGACAGUAACUGCGAAGAGGUGCGCGGGGAGCGCCGGCCGGCGGGCGACGCGUGCGCGCGCUCUGGUCGUACGGACCCGUCUGCGUUCGUGGCCCGUAUUACGAGAGCCGUAAGGGUGAUUUUGAAGCUGCACAGAUGGUACGUAGGCCUAACACGUCAAUUGCGGACGGCGCGUACACCGCCAUUGCUCAGGGCCGUGUUCCGGCUGCCGCGGGGCGCGCUUAGGGUCCUUAGAAGAAUUAUUAUGACAAACCCUUCGCCCGCGCCCCGCUGUCGGCCGAUAACGAUUCGGGUCAUCGUCACCGAGGGCUUUUGUAUCGCACCAACUGAUGUCAUGAUAUUUGACUGUAUAAUAUUGUAAUAUGAUUUGUAGAUUUAAGAAUGGGUAGAAGUGAAC